CGUUUAGUUAGAAAUAUAUACGAGUGAUCUGAACGAACGUAGGUUCACAUAAUCGACCAGAAAACGGAAUUUUCGGGGCAGAAAUUUUCGAUUCAGCAUGUGAAUCUUGAUCUAACGAUGCUUUGCGUAAAACAUGCCCGAAAAACGAAUAUUACGGUUUUGCUUAAUGUGCUCUCGAAGGUAUGUUACUCUCGACGCAGCGACAAAAGUAUAAAUUCGUACAAAAUUGUCCAGACAAACAACGAAAACUUGAAUGAUGUGGACGGUGCUGUGCUCGGAAUAAAUUCUAACUGGGAACUUUUAACACCAAGAGGAUUUAGAUUUUAUCUACCAGGAAGCAUUGGUCCUGGUUGGUCAGACGUAACCACGACCGUUCAGGUGAGGACGCAACUGAUUAACCCUUGCGACAAUAAAGCACAGCUUUCGUUAAAUGAUUCGAAAGAAAAAGCUAAUAUAGAAGAACUGUUUCCUGGAUGUAUAGACGUUGGUUCUCCUCAACUUACUAUAAUUACUAUCAGUCAGUCGAUUAAUUCGAAAGUUAUGAGAUGGAACAAUGAAACAGAAACCGAAAAAUUAGCUAAAUACUUUGUACUAGCAGCUUCUGAUCUCUGCGAAAAAUUGAGAAAAAUGGGAUACUGGGGAGAUUUCAUCAAUCCAUUUAGCGGACAACCACAUUUGAAUUCACAGAAAAAUAGUACUCUUUAUAAAACGGAUGAGCGGUUUCGUUGUCUAGGAUUUAAAAUAGUACAUAGAAACAAUUGUAAGGUUAUCGUGUUCGACAAGACCGUAAAAAAUUUUCUGGGAAAUCUCUACACCACUGCACCUGCGAGUACAGGAUUUUUAAAAGAGAUUCUGCACGAUUGCGAGACUGUAAAUGUUAAAGAAGAUUUUUAAUAAAAGUAAAGCGAGAGAAGCGCUAUGGAAAAGAAAUGUCGAUACGAUAUACAUUUUAACGACUGUUACGUUGCGAU